AUGAAGAAAGAGAAAGAUGGCAUUAGAAAAAAGUUGUAUAGAAUAAUGAAAAAUAAGAAAAAAAAUGAAAAUAUAUCGACUGAAGAAAAAGUAGAACAAUUAGUAGAAAAUGUUAAUACACGUGAAGAAAUUAAAGAGCGACUAAUGUUUGGUGAAAUACUUUCAAGAAGUGUUGGAGAAGGGUACAAGUGCUUGAGGAAAAAGGAUAAGAAAGAAUUCUCUAAUGUGGUUAUGACGGAAAAAUAA